AUGCAACCAGCACUCACAUUCUUCUUCAUGCUGCUCUUUGUUCUUCUUUGUCUCCUGGGACUCCUGGCCAAUGGUUUUAUUGUACUGACUCUGAGCAGAGAAAGGAUGUGCCAUGGAAGGCUCCUUCCCUCUGACCUCAUCCUCCUUUGCUUGGCAGUCAGCCGCUUCUUCCUGCAAUGGGUUGGGAUGGUCAACAGCUUCUACGGCUUUCUCCAUUUUAUGGAGUACAGAACUGUCCGCCAGUUCUUUGGGCUGCAAUGGGACUUCCUGAACACAGCCACCUACUGGUUUGGCACUUGGCUCAGUGUCCUCUUCUGUUUGAAGGUUGCCAACAUCUCCCACCCUGCCUUCCUCUGGCUGAAGUGGAGGUUCCUGGGGUCAUUGCCCUGGUUGUUGCUGAGUACCCUCCUGAUAUCCUCCCUUGUCACCCUGCUGUUCUUUUGGGGGAAUCAUGAGUUGUAUCAAGGAUUCUUAUCUAGAAGGUCUUCUGACAACAUGACAUACAGAGAGUGGAGCAGGAGGCUGGAACUUUCCUAUUUCCUGCCCCUGAAGCUGGUGACAUUGUCCAUUCCCUGCUCCAUUUUUCUGCUCUUCAUUGUGCUGCUGAUCAGCUCUCUGAGGGUCCACAUGGGGAGAAUGAGGCCCCACUUUCACAGCCUACAGGAUCCCUAUGCUCAGGCUCAUACUCGAGCUCUGACAUCUCUCAUCUCCUUUCUCGUUCUUUAUGCUCUCUCUUUUGUGUCCCUAAUCAUUGAUAUCCUGGGAUUUUUUUCCAUAGAGAGUGACUGGUACUGGCCGUGGCAGAAUGUAAUCUACUUGUGUAUAUCUGUCCAUCCCUUGAUCCUCAUCCUCAGCAAUCCCCGGCUUCAAGGGAUGUACAGGCAUCUACUUCUGUUGGCCAGGGGCCUCUGGGAGUCUUAA